AUUUGCAGGAGCGCGGGAGUCUGUUUCUAGUCUUCUCCCAAAACUUCUACCAUGGAGUUUAAUUCGCUUCAAGACCUCUUCCUUCUUCUAAUUUCUUCAGCAAUACGGAGAUGCAUCUGCUCCGAACGACUUUGCAGACUCUCAGUUCUUCUGCAACGCUCUGCCGCUUCCGAUCCUCCCCUAGUCUGUAUUUCUAUUUCAGAUACCGGCCUUGGAAGCUGCCUAGAGGAGUUUCAGGAUUUUAAGUGUCCCGUUGAAGGUAUCCUUGCUGAACAGUGGGAUGGAAUUGUUUCUUUGAGAACUACUAAUUUUUGUGAUAAUGAGAUAAGUUGCUAUCAGUUGAAUCUGAAAGAAAAUGUCACUAUCAGGGAGCCAAUUUGGCUACCUUCAAACGUUAAGCAUGGUGUGAAAUUCAGUGGAACCGAAGUGCGUUUGUCUGUUUCUGAAGCUGUUGAUGUUUUGCUAGCGGAGAUCAAUUGCUUCUUUCAGAAGAUUCGCAUUCUAAAGAUCCCUAAUGUUGCUAUGGAGGUUGUGGUCGAGUGCCAGGAUAUCCCAGGGUCACGAAAUGAUGCAGUCUUCCUGGAAAACUUGUCCUCUAGUUCCUCUUUCACAGCCUCAACCCUGGAUCAUCUGAAAUUGGGCCUUGAGGAUUAUGUAUCAAGGCAUGGAUCUAGUUUGACGUGUGACUCUUGCUUCCCUAACAGGGAUAAUCUGAAGAGUGGGGGUGGAAUGAUUUGUGAAGAAAAGCGUAAAACGACCACACUGGCAGUGGAGGCAGCGAUUGUGAUAAGUGAAUUAUCAAAUCCGACCACUAAUUGCUUGGGAGCACGGUUCUCCGAUACAGAGGUUUUUUGUUUUAAAGAUUUUGCACCUUGCUCGAUCUCUGAGGCAUUUCUAAAGGCAUUAAGAGGCAUUGACUGGAAACGUUAUGGUUUGUCUUUGGAAAGUGCUACCAAUCAAAGAAGCCAUGCAUUACUAAAGUGGGAACACGUGCCCCUAUCUUUUCAUAUUCAUAUUGUUGUCCACUGCUACCAGAAGCUUGUGGCCGAGGUCAUGCCAUUGGUGCAGAAGACUCAGUUUGAUAAAAAACUCAUAAGUAAAGCAGUUAAGCUUGCACUGGACGAUUUGAAGAAUAAAUAUGCGGGAUUUCUUCUCAGUGCCAAUACCCUGAAGAUCAGUAGGUUUGCCCCUGAUCUUGCCAAAACGAUUGCUGGCCUAGUUUUAUACUCCAAUGACUUGGAUUUCCAAGAAGAAUGCCUUGCAAUUCUUGGCUUGCAACCUCAACAAUCAGAAGGGGAAAUUGUUGAAGAAAAUAUUAAGGAAAGGAUAAUUUCAGUCAUUGAGGUGAAUGACGGAAGGCCAAAAGGAACAAAAGAAGUUGCCCCUCUCUUGUUUGGAGAUGGUCGCCACCAACUACAGUUUGUGGACGAUGAAUGUGAUGAAGAUGGAUUUGAUCCAAUGGAGUUGUAAGUAGAAAUUUUGUUAUCGCGUUUGUAUUGAUUCAAAGUGAAUGUUGCCAAAACCAAAAGAACGUGAUUAAAACGAAUUUAAGAAGAGAAAGUGACGUGACGGGAUAAGUUUGAAUUACACCAUCUCAUUAAACACACAAAAGCCCAGGUGAGUUGGAGUACACGAACAACCAUUACAAUAUAUAACCAUAGACAGACUGAUACUAUGGAAGAUCAAUCCUAAAGAAAAGGCAUGAGAGACUAUUCCCCGAAAAA